GUUAGCUGUCCUGAAAUAAAAGCACCCAAUCUCCGCAUCAGACUUCGGAGUAAAGGCAGAAUCGCCAGCUUUCGAUGCAAAGGCAGAUUCGAGCGUGUUGGAGUAAAGUUUGCAGUCUGUCUCGACUCAGGAAAUUGGAGUCAAGAGAUUCCAACAUGCGUGG